AUGGCUAAGAUGGGAGAAGGGGUUCUUCAGGGUGUAUUUUGUGGGAUUUUUAAGGCAUGUGCAAGAGAUGUAGUUAGUUCAAUUUUGUUAGCCAUGGCUAAAAGACCGAGAUAUUUAACGGAGAGUGAAAUUAGUAAAAUUAUGAAUGAAAGUGAUUCUGAAACUAGCAAAGAUAGUGACUGUGAUAUAGGAAAUUAUAGUGGUUCAGAAGGUUCAUCUUCCUCAGAAACUGAAGGAUAUGAUUAUGAUGAAGAGGUUGCAGGCGAUGCUUGCUCUGAGCCUGCCACUAAUUGGUCUUCAGAGAUAAAACAAAUUCCGGAAAUUGACUUUUCGGUGAGAACUGGACCAAAUUUUACCACUGCGCAGCCAGUGACUGAACUGGAUUGUUUUAACCUUUUCUUUGAUGAGAGACUUUUAGAUAUCAUCGUCAAUGAAACAAAUGCUUUUGCUCAGAAAAUAAUCGAGAAAAAGCAAAGUGAAUCUGAACCCUCAACUAGCUGUCUUAUCAAGCCUUUUCAGAACAUAACAGUGGAUGAACUUAUGAUAUUUCUCUCAUUAGUAAUUCUAAUGAGUAUCAUCCGAAAACCUAACUUAAAAAUGUAUUUUUCUACAAAUACAAUGCUUUUAACACCAUUUUUUAGCAUGGCUAUGGCAAGAAACAGAUUCCUAGACAUUUUGAGAUUCCUGCAUUUUAAUUCCGAUGCCGAAGCGAAAAAACUGGAGAAAAUCAAGCCAGUACUAACUGCACUAAUAGAAAAUUUCAAGUCCAUACUUACGCCUGAAAGAAACAUAUGCAUUGAUGAAACUCUGUUUGGUUGGAAAGGACGUUUAAGUUUUCGUCAGUAUAUACCAUCUAAAAGAGCGAGAUAUGGAAUAAAAAUAUAUAAAUUGUGUGAAUCGCAGACAGGAUACAUAUGGAACUGUUGUGUUUACACUGGAAAGGAUACUGGGAUCAUUCAAACUGCAGGUCUCUACGGUGAGAGAGUUGUGAAAACACUUUUAUCAGAUCUGUUGGGAAAAGGAUACAACUUAUAUUUAGACAGAUUUUUUGUGUCCCCAAACCUUGCUUCAUAUCUGCAUGAAAACAACACAAACAUGUGUGGGACAGUCAUGCGAAACAGAAAAGGAAUGCCGAAAAUCAUUCCUGAUGACAAAAAGAAAACUGUUUUAAUGCUGUCAACUGCUCAUGACAAUGUUAUUGUGUCAGUCGGCAAGAAAGACAGAAAGACUGGAGAGGACAUUUCAAAGCCAUUGUGUGUUGUUGAAUACAAUCAAAACAUGGGAGGCGUUGACUGCGGUGAUUCAGUCAUUCACCAUUAUCCUGCUUUCAGAAAAACAGUUAAAUGGUAUAAAAAACUGUUUUUUGGAUUUUUAGAUGUGGCACUUCUAAACGCAAACAUUAUAUAUUCGAAAGUAAAAGGGGAAAAACUAUCAGCUUUGGAAUUCAGAACUAGAAUUGUUCAUCAAAUAACUGAUAAGUUUAGCAAACCGAAGACUCAUAAGAUAGCUCCAAAAUCACCGGACACUCAACCUUUCCGAUUAUCCGGUAGACAUUUUCCGAAAAUUUACAUUGAUGGAAAAGGAAAAUUAGGCUUAACAGCUCAAAGUGCGUGGGCCCGUGGCGACGUUCCAUUGCGGAGCGUUCGGUCCCGUGUUUCAGAUCAGUAA